GGCCAGCCGCAUUGACGAUGAGAACGCGAAGAAGCCGCAGUCUGUCAAUCACUCAGUAGACCAACUGGAGAGGCAAGUAGCGCGUUUUCUCCGCGUUGAGAGUAUUCACGAACCUGAGUCCGAAUGCUCGGUGUGUACAUCCGGCAUCGAAUCGACGUGGGAGGAGUUGCAAAGCGAGGAAGAGAUAGCACGAUGUUAAGAACAAGUGCAUGCCUAUAAUCAAUGCUGCGCGGCAAGUGAUCGAGUAAUAAGAAUUCUAGAUGUACUGGACGCAUCAUUCUGUUUUCUAUUUCUUAUAAUUCUUGGCAAAAGCUGCUACUUAUCCUCUUCACGCAUGUGGAGGACUAAAAAUAGUUGUGCCAACAAAGAAAACAUCAAAGGCGGCACGUGAAUAAGAUGAGUAAACUCCAUUACCCCUUCGUGAAUGUUGUUGCGCACAAACAUCCACGACCACGACCACGGAGUCAUCUAAGAGUGGCUGCGCUCCUCAAAUAUUCAAAGCCUUAACGCUGCGGGAGACCAAGGAACCAGCUGUGCGAAGACCGACAAGGCUGGAGUGCCAGCCGCUGUUUCUAGGGAUGUAGCGCGCAAUAGCUGCCUCCUAGCUGAGUUUCGAGCAAGUCGCAGCCGCUGCUUCCGAGCCCUGGCCAAGAAGUGAAGCAGAUGCUGAGAACUCACAAGAUUCAGCUGAUGUUAUUGUUCUCAGUGGAAAGAUUUUCGAGGCUUGUGAUUUUUACCUUCCUUCUUGUGACUGAGCUACUUUCGUCUUUAUAAAGUCUCACUGUCUACCUCUUCUGUUACUUAUUUCCAUAUCUUCUGAGAGGAGUAAACAUUGAUUGUCAAGAAAAGGCCAGACUUCAGCUGGCAGGCUUCUUUUGGAUUUUAGUUUUACCUGAAAGUGCGCCCAUUCUAGAGCCGACAUUUUGUGGCGGCUGAGAACUACUAUUUGUGACAUAUUAAGCUUUACGAUCUCCCGAGCUGUAGCACCUUGCUGCAGAUGAAAUCAGGCAACGGAUAAAUCCACGAGGCCACCUAUUCUUGUGCCCGGAAAGUAAUGACAGAGGGAUGCGAGCUGAUAGAUGAUAGCAGCGUCUUUCAUGCAGCAGACCGCUAGUCCGAAUUUCCACCGGAUGGUAGAGCAUCACACCCCAAAAGCAGUCAGCCCAUCGAUAACAACACGCUGAGCGUUCGACUAGCACGACACUGGCUUCCAGUGAUAUCGGAUGCCGUGGUGGAGACAUUCUCUAGUAUUGGAAAGUGAAAUUUGCAGGAAGCAAAGAGGAUCACGCUUGGGCGUAGCACAAUAGAAAAUCGCGCUAGCAUCUCUGCGCGGAUCCGAAAAAUGCAAAUUCCGAGGUUCCAAAUGCAGGCUAUCGGAGGUUCCAAGCAAAUGCAGACUAUACAUAGUACAAAUCUAAAGAUGGGCAUCGAUCUUCCGUUGUAUCAGAGUGGUUGCACUAGACGAAAGCAAACACUGCUACCAUUCAUUCGCACUGAACUAUGUAACUACUUACUUACCAGCAAACAUCAGCUCAGUGCCAUUCAUGUCUUGCUCUGCAUCUUGAUAUCCACCCAUAAGCUUAACGUCGGUAACUAAUCAGAAAGAGCAACGUCUAGGAGAGAACAUUAUAUUCAUAAAAAGAAAUUGUAGAGAUAUGUCGUCCUGGCUUCUCGGGAGAUUUAGCCAACCGCGAUGGCUUGGCUCCUUGUACUCCGGUCGAAAGCCAAACAUGGAAGAGGCUCCUCCUGCAUGCAAGACCGCACCUUAUCGAAAGAUCGGCAGAGAAGUGCAAUCGGCUUCGAGUAGUUAUUUUCAGUGGAGCUGUGGUUUUGGAUUUGGAGUUCGUCUUUUUUUAUUAGUGCUGACGUAAACAGGGACAGGACGAAAAAUCAUCACUCGGAGGAGAGGCGAUUACGUGUACUUUUACAUUUACUUGCUUGAUGAUGAAUGGACUCAACAACUCAUCAUUAUAUAUAGAAGUGUUUGAUGUUCUUCUAGCAAGACAGGUUGAGGAUGCAAUACUUGAUACUACAAACUGUAAGUUUAGAGAUCCCAACGACCUACACACAUAGGUGUCUCUGGUACUUCGGUGCCCUGUGCGAAUUUGCCAAAUGGUCCCGACGACAAGCGAGACCGCGCCAACCUCGUUACACUUAAGGCUUCCCGUAAUUCAUCUCUGGAGAAGCAUCGUUGACCCCUUUGCUGAACAAGGGGAAAGCUCAUUAAUAAAGAUGCACUUAAUAAAGAUGAAUAAAGGUAAGCUCUAAUACUCGCGAAAUGAUAGUUCAGCUUCAAGCAGCACCAGGGCAGAGGCGCAGCGUCAUGGAAAUAUGCCAGAGCCCGAAAAUUCAGCAGCUGAAGAUUAUGAGUAGACACAUCUUCAUAGAAUUUCAUCACAGAACAAUUACUUCUUAGUUAAUAAUGGUUGGUCACAUCAUCGAGUUCAGUCUUGAGUAGCAGGUGGUAUAUUCCCCUUGAACCAAAAUCAAUUAUGUGUAGUGCGUUCUUGUUUCCGAGCUCGUCGAGUUUGAGUACUAGGAGGACUUUGAACAACGUAUAAUCUUAAUCGCUACUUCUAUCUUCUCUGCUCGUCCAUCUUCCAUUAUGAUUAUAUCGUCUUUAUCCUUCAUCCCCAACAUCCUCGCAAACUACUUACUUAAAUCUACUCUCUUUCCUCAACCUCCCUUGAAGAUCGUUGCCUUCUAAUCUGAAAAACGCUCUUAACCGCUUUACUUCGUGGGUAUCGGAUGAUAGCGCACAUCUCUUUUCCUUGGAGAAAGACGGGAUGGGGCCAAAGAAAGGCGACGCAGUUGUGCUUAUCGGCGAUCCUGUCGAGUGCGACCGCAUCAUCUUCGAAUAUGCAGAUCUAGACUCCAACUACAUGGAAAUGUUUCCGCAACUCGGGACUCAGGUAGAGAGAUCCGAUAAACCAACAAAAAUAAGGAAAAUUGGAGGAGGUGGAAACGGGUCCCUUUUCUAAACAUAUAAUGUAAGAUUGUAAAAUAAAUGCACGACUUUUCUUGAUAGUGGCAUGAAGAAUAGCGAUAAGAGAAACGCGGGCAAGAUGUUUACUCAGUAUCAGCUCAUCUCGAAAAGUCGUGGGAGAGUAAUAUGUUAGGGCUUGACAAUCCUAGCUAGACUCUUUCCAGAAUAAUCACGCACUGCCUGGACCUGGAGGAAGUACCAAAUGCACUUGUUGUGGCAGAAUAGCCAGAAAGUGAUACUAAAUUAUGAGAAUUCUAUAGUCCCCGCCAGGCCCAACGAAACAAAAUCACGAUCUCAAUCAAUCUCUAGUCAUUGACACGGAGGUAAUAUGUCCACCACGACCCCUCAUCCAAUUACAUCUUUUGUAGUUAUACUGACGACCAACGUCUUUCUCUACUCCUUAUAUCUUUUGUAGUUGUUUUGGGAUGAAUAUUAAAGGAACAGCUAGAACUGUGCUACGGGAAUUAUACAAACAAAUACUUGAUUAUAAAUGUUUGGGCGCUGAUCGUACACACAGCUUAUAUCGUUAUGAUCCUCCGUUGAUUGAAGACGCAAUGAGUCAGUGUGGUGGAGGCAUGGGGCACAAGAGCCAUCGGCUCGUUGACAGUCUAUGCUUCAAAGAGUUUGCCCUUUACAUUUCCUUAGUGUCAGUGUCACUAUCACAGGAUCGAUAAUGAUUACACCACAGAACUUCCACUAUCGAGAUAGACGCUUCUAGUAUUCUAUAUUAUAAAUUCGUAAGCGUAACUAAGCUUUCUUAAUAGUUACGUUUUGAAACUUUAACAGGCACGGAUGAUGAGUAGUUCAAUCAUUUUCCUUGAGUCGUAUUGGAAAUAUUCGUUUAGUCUCCACAAAAAUAGAAUUUGUAAUGCUAUCGAUGACUGCCCAAGCCAUCCAAGCGCGGCUAGCCUCAUGAAGCUGUUGAGAAUACAGAUAAGCGCACGCCCCAACAAGAACUCGCUCCCCCGCAUUUUUCGGGUUAUAGAAGGUGUCCCCUCGAAGCAAAGACUGUAUGAAGACUUCAACACAGGAUGAUGCUGAACCUGAACUAUUUCAACGCCAGCAACUAGUACUAUGGCGUUGCUGAAGAAGAUCAAAAGUGCCUGCAGGUGAGUUCUUGUCUUCUUCAACACAGG